AUGACGACCGAGCCGAGUGCAGACGCAGCGGCGCCUGAACACGACGACGCCUGGGAACCUCAGGACCCCUGGGCAGCUCACGACCCCUGGACGACGUGGCGGACCGGGAACAGUGACGAGGGCGAGACAAGACCGCCCGACGAGAACCACGGCGCCGAUGUGAACGCAGCCGACGGCCACCGUGAUGGGACCACUGUUCACCCAGUGGACAGUGGAUGGGGCGCGGGCUCUACACCGGCCAAUGGGGAGGCUAGUGUGCGUGGGCCUACGAGGUGGUCACCAGAAGCUUGGCAGCAGUGGCAGAUGGGAACGUGGCGCCCCGAGAUGGGCGGACAACUCGAGGACGGCAGCGGCAGCACUCGCCGCAUCUCGGUGGACACCAACCAGUCCUCCAUGACUACGAGCGAGGGAGGCCGCCAGAACACCAUGUGGGGACACGGCGGCUGGCAGCACACCUGGCAUGGAGCUAGCUGGGCCGCAAGGGGCCACGGCGCGGGCGCUGGGGCGGCCAGCACCUCUACCGCGGCCCCGUCGACUCCCCCCGGUACACGACCAGGACCGAGCGCUACGGCAUGGACGGGCACUACCUCUACGAAUGGACCGGCACGGACGGGCGGAGGUCACGAGGGAAGUGGAGCACGGGGCCCCUCGGAGAAGCUACUGAUACCGUCGUUCAGUGGUAGUGGCGAGGGCGCGGAGCUGGGCACGAGCGCGAGGAGUUACAUCCGACAGAUAGCUGCGUGGGAGAGAAUGACAAAGCUGAUGCCCAGCCAAAGGGCACUUGUGCUCUACCAGCACCUGGAAGGUGCAGCGUGGGUGAACGCCGAGGCCCUCGAUGUGGAGAAGCUCAGCGCCGAAGAUGGCGUCGACUACCUGCGCGCCUGGGUCACCCAGCACUAUUUGGAUGUGGAGGUGACGUCGGUGGGCCGCUCCUUGUCGGACUUGUUUCGUAAGUUGCGGCGGCGCUACAACCAGACAUUCCGCGACUACACGGCCGAGUUCAAUCGACUUUUGGCGCGGGUGGUGGAGUGCGGCUGCCGCUUGCCGGAUGUGGCGACGGCCUGGCUCUAUGUGGACCGGGCCAGCCUCGACGAGGCUACGGAGGUCAGCCUGCUGGCCAGUGUGGGCAACAAGUACCAGUUGGCACAGCUACAGCAGGCGGCUAUCAUCCUCGACCGCUCGAUGAGGAAGCCGUGGGAAAAGGCCGGCAAGGAUGGCACCCGCCGGCCCCAGUCAGUGAACCUGGCGGAGGAUGCGGAAGCCGAGGGCGGAAGCGAGAUUGGGGACGAGGAGGCGCCGACCACGGACGACCCUGACCUCGACAACGGGGAGCUCUACGUCGCCUACAUGACCGCGAAGGCCAGAUACAAGGACUCCACACGAGCCCGAGGAGUCGAUGUGGAGGCGGUCCGCAAGACCGCCGAGGAGCGAAUCAAGGCGGCAAAGCAACGGAGCUACUGUUCGGCUUGCGGACAGAAGGGCCAUUGGCACAAGGACCCCGGCUGCCCUGGCCCUCCGAAGCGCAAGCCCGAAGUACAGACCGUGCACGUGGCCCACGAGAUCGACAAUCUCAAGGCGUCGACCGAGGACCACGGCCUCCUUGCCAUCACCGACUCUGCCUGCUCCAAGUCAGUUGUCGGAACAGCUUGGUACCAGGCUUAUUUGAAUAUGACCAAGGGUCGCCAACGGGAGCCCGAGAUGAUCAGCGAGCGUGAAGCAUUCCGUUUUGGUGCCAGCCGUAUCUACGAGUCGAACUUUGCCGCCGUGAUCUUCAUACCUUUAGGCGGGUACUGGGUGGCUGUCAAGACUGCCGUUAUCCACGGCGACGUGCCGUUGCUCAUUUCGAAACCGGCACUGGCCAAGCUGGGCACCUGCCUCGACCUGGAGAACGACACGGCCGACUUCCGGAAGCUCGGCAUCAGCAAUGUUCGGCUGCUCACUACGCCUUCCGGGCAUCCGUCUGUCUCCGUGUCACAUGAUGACAAGGUCCCGCCGGGCCCUGAGGUGUUGAAGCCCUGGGAACCACCAGGAGUACAGAUCUUCAGCGCGACCCGCGAGGUGUACAUGACGGUUACUGCUGGGGAGGGUUUUGGGGAGAGCCUAGCACCGCGACCUAGCACCGAGUUCUCCCGUAUUUUCUUCGAGAAGAAGCUAAGCCCCGAAGCCAAGAACAUGCUGGUUGAUGAUGCACUACCUCAUGAUACCUUCCUCCAAUGGUGGCACGCGAGCUCCUACGACAGCGACUUUUGGAUUGAAACCCCAGAGAAGCUAGUCCGGGUACAUGUCACACCGCGAAAGUACUACUUCGACCCCAGUAAGUGGCAAACAACAAACUCACUACAACGCGACAUGCUACUACAAGUCCUCGGAAGCCUUCGUGAGAGUUGGGGCAUUGCAUGCGGGAGCCAGAGACCGUUGAGCACAGUUUGUCAUCAGUGGCAGGACCAUGUGGGCACAGGUUAUCCAGCUGGGUAUCCAACUCUAUGGAUCGGCCGCAGCGUGUUCAAUCGAGAACAUCCAGCUACUUUGUGCCCCCGCCUUGUGCGGGAUGUCGUCCCGCCCUCCCGCGAUAUGGAAGAUGUCGAAGACCGAGCUGCAGGCAGAGUGCGUGAGGCGGGGCAUACCCACAAUGCCCCAGUGGACAGUCCUCGAGAGCAGCCCACGCUCCCCAAGGGCCUCACGAGCAUGUCCCGCGACGAGCUUGUCAACGAGGCCGGGACUGGGACUGACGAUCGGGUCACGCGAGACCAAGGGGGCGAUCACUCUACGGAUCCGGGACGCCGUGGCCCCGGACCAGACGAUCAUGACCAUCGGCCGCUUCAAGGGCUCGAGCUACACCGAGAUACCGGAGAACUACGGCAAAUGGGCCUCAGACGAGGAGAGGGCCAAUGGGAGCAACAUGCACCCCGAGAUGAAGCGGUUCGUGGUGUGGCGACGAGCGCGCCGACAGCGAGAACAGACCCGUCCCGCCCCGAAGACCAAGGCCCAGGGCUACAUGAGGGUCGAGACCGAGGCUCGGAUCCCACCGCCACCUAUGAGCGAGACCGGAGCAUCGGCGUCCUCGGCCUGGUCAGUGGUGCGGGCGAACGAGGACACAGCGUGGAAGACAGACCAGAUGGCACCCUUGGCCCCCAAGAUGAAGGCGAAGCCAAUCACACGACGGCACCCGGAGGAGGAGAACAGCGGCGCCACUCGGAUGGAGAGGGAGCCGACCUUGGAGAUGCUCGAGGAGAUCAAAGCGCUGGAGGCACGACUUGCGUGCCUGAAGGACGCGGCGGGGCUCCCGCCCCAGAACUAGAACGGCGCCCUCGGGCGCAACGGGGAGUCGAUCACGGAGGAGUUCUACGAGGAGGGCGGCGUCCACCCGAGCACUACGUCUACGUCACCGACAACCCCGGCGAGCUUCGCGACGGCACCAAGGACGUGGGCCGGGAGGAGAUCGCAUCGGACGAGGAGUAUGAGUCCUGCCCUUCGGAUGAUCAGGGAGCGAACGGAUCGGUCCCCCUGGCAACGUCUGCUGAGGUUUACGCUUGCCGCGACACCGGAAGCCUCAACAAGAAGAGCGAGCACCCGGGGGAGCUGGCGGCCCAAGCAGGUGUCAAGGAAAGCAGCUACGACGACAGGACCCUCGAGCGAAUCCUAUCCCUCUACGACAUCAAGGACCGUAACAAGAGGCCGGGCGUGCACCACGAGGGCGACAAUAGGAGUGUGUUGGGCUACUAUGCUUUUGGGAAGUUCCACGGAGUGACAAAGAAAACUAUGGAAUGGCCCAACCUCGCACGCUACCUGAACAAGUUCUUCCUUGAGCGCAAAGGAGGUCACCACGACUACUCCUGGACCUCCUUGUCUAUCACAAGGAACUCACCUGCCGGGAUCCACACCGACCGGAACAACAUGCCAGGCUCCCGAAACCUGAUGUGGACUGGUGGAGAUCACUCCGGCGGGAAGCUGUGGAUUGCCGACGAGAAGGGCACGGUCCCUCGCCGCGAGGAGGACGACAUCUACAUCUACGGCAUGCACGUCGACCCCAAGGGCCGGAUUGUUGAGUUCGACCCAAAGCAGAAGCACGCGAGCGAAACCUGGAGCGGAGAGAGGUGGAGCGUGGUUGCCUACGUCGCCCGCAGCAUCCCACAUGCGUCCAAGAGUGCCAAGAACACCCUGAAGGACGUAGGGUUCCCUGUGCCUACCGCUGGUGACCUCAAGGACUACAAGCGCCGGAACCACCUCGACAACAAGUCCACCACCGAGGGCCAACGACGACCACGCCGGAGCAUGCGACAGAGUCUCUGGAAGAACGUCGCGGCAAUUUGCGUGAUGAUGGCGACGGCCACCUCUGUUAUGGACCUCUACGUCAGGGAGAACAUCAUGCCCCGCCGGGAGCCCAAUGUUGCGAUCCUGGAGGUCGGCGACGUGCGCGCGACCUGCACCGUGGUGGGACAUUGCGAGAACUACCUGGACGUUGCGGAACCCCUGCUCUACGAGGACCUGGCCAAUGCCGACCAGCUCGAGGAGAUGGGUGUUGGCCCGGUGGAGACAGCGACCCUGAGACACGAACCUGGCGAGUUGUGGGUUCACGUCACGAAGGAUUGGGAGGACGAGCGAGUGUAUCGCGACAUCGAGGAGGCCGCCGACCAUCAACUACGUGGAGGACGAGCCGUCGUCUUCCAACGAGGAGGAGGCGACCACCACUGUUGGGCACGCGCCACGGCCGGGUGGAAAGAAGCCGGCUACACCGUGAACUACGACUUCGACCAUGAGGGCAUCGAGUACCUCCGGGUGGCCGUGCCAGAGGAGACGGAUCAGUGCAACGGCACAGUAGCCGCUACGACCGAGAGCGUCUACGUCGGGGAGGCCGUGCAGGGUGAAGACCAACCACCGGAAAGGAGGGCACCACCCGAUGGCGCCAAGAGUAUCCGGUUCCCUACGUCCGUGCCAAAGCACAUCGCCACGAGUCUCCGGCGACUCCACCAGAACUUGGGACACCCCUCCGAGGCCGACUUCGUUCGACACCUCCGACUAGCAGGAGCCAGCCGUGAAGUCCUGAAGGCAGCCCGUACCUUAGAGUGCCAGACCUGUGCCCGGACCAAAGCGACAGCUAUCGCCAAGCCGGCUAAAAUCGGAUCCUGCUUGAGUUUCAACGAGGUGGUGGGAGUCGACCUCUUAGUCUUCUACGUCCACGACACCGAAGGACACAAACACGAGCUUCUAUCCAUCGUCGACUACUCCUCCGCCUACCACGUGGUCGUGCCUGUGGCAAAGAAAGAUACCUGGCAUCUCGAACGAGCAUUCUGCCAGGGAUGGGGAAACCACUUUGGAGUUCCUCAAGUUGCCACGGUCGAUUUGGAGAACGGCCUCCAAAAGUCAUUGGCCCGUGUUGGAGAUUGGUCCGGCAUGCAACUGAAAUCCGCUGCAGGACAGGCCCACUGGCAGGCCGGCUUUGCAGAACGGCAAGGAGGGAUCUGGAAAUCAGUGUUCCACCGAGUCAACGAGGAGAUGUCCGUGACCAAGGCGGAGAUCCACCUAGCGGUCCAAGCGGUGUCCCAGGCCAAGAAUGACCUCAUCCGAGCCAAUGGCUAUAGCCCCCGACAACACGUUUUUGGGGCUACUGCGCGGCUGCUAGCCAGGAAGAAGGCCGCUUUUCAUCAUGUGCAGACGGAUGAUCGAGUCCGACGCGCACUGGCAGGCCGAGCGCGAGUUCUACAUCGUCGGCCAGAGGUCGGGGAGCAGGUGUUCUUCUUCCGGCACCUGAAGAACUCCAAGCGAGGGGUGUGGAAGGGCCCCGGAACCGUCAUAGGUGAAGAAGGAGCCAACUUCUGGAUCACCAAAGCUGGACGUUGUGUGCUCUGUGCACCAGAGCACAUACGGCUCGCCACAGCCGAAGAGUUGGGACAGGCCUUCACCAUGAGGGCGGCCCGGGAAGACCUCGAGCGCUUACUGGCCAAAGAAAUAGACGACGAUGAGGCGUUCGCAGAGGACAUGGAGGUGGACGCCGUGGAGGAGGAGAUGGACUACGACCUCGAGGACAACGACGAUAUCCUGGCCGAAGAGAUGGGCGUCCAACUGGCAAUGGAGGAGGACGAACUACAACCCAGUCGAGGGAGCCGUCGCAGCUUGGAGGGACCAAGGGCGUCUAUCCUGAAACGCCGGCGGCAAAAGGGGCCACCAACCGAAGGCGAGGCCGCGGUGCCCCCUCAGGAAGCUCACAUGCUGCGGCGUGCCAAGACGGAAAGAUUAGACCCCGACCUGGCGACCGGGAACAUCCACCGACAGCCCCACCGUGAACCGCGCCUCACUUAUCCUUCUCCUACAACUCGCGGCCUCAUGGGACUGGCCGCCUUCCUCAACGGCCUGGCGAUCGGGAGAGACCUCUACAUGGAACAACCCCGUGGCGGAGUGGAAGGGCUAGAUCCAGCCCAGUUGCUGAAGAUCAAGAAGGGAGUCUUCGGACUUGCUGAGUCCCCUCGGAUGUGGUACGAUAGACUCCGCGAAGUCCUCUCCCAGGAGGAUUUCAUGAUCGACGGAGUGGUACACAAACUGGUGCCCUGCCCGCUGGACCCGUGCGUCUUCUGCCUACAGACCGUGGACGAUCCCAAGCCGAAGGGGUACAUCGCUAUCCACGUGGACGACCUGUUGAUCAUCGCCCCGCCCAAGGUCGCCGCCGACCUCAAGGAGAAGAUUAGCCUCCUCUUCCCGGUCGACGACUGGGAAACCGACGACUUCGACUACAUUGGGUCCCGUAUCACAAAGAAGGACGGGAAGAUCACAGUACACCAGACCGCCUUCGUGGAGGGCCGUCUCUUCAACAUCGACGUGCCCAAGGACCAGCCCGCCGACGAGCCCGCCACCGAGGAGCAGGGGAUCGACAACCGAUCACUAAUAGGGGCUCUGAGCUGGCUCUCGAGCCAGACAAGGCCAGACCUUCAGUGCAGCGUGGCGCUCGCACAGCAGCUCCAGAAGGCCCCGACUACCCAGGACGUACGGUUCACCAACACAGUGGCACAGCGUGCAGCCGCUUGCAAGGAUAAAGGGCUUACUCUACACCCUAUCAAGCUGGAGGAUGCCACUUUGGUGAUCUACCACGACGCGGCCUGGGCCAACGCCGAGCACGAGGAGAGCGAAGAGGGUUUUCGCUUGACGCCGGAGGAGAUCCGACAAGGCGAGAUGGGCUACGACCUCUACACGCCGGAGCGACCUCGACAACCGAAGCGCAACCGGUCCAAGCUUGCGUCCCAGCUUGGCUACCUGAUCUGUCUCGGCGAACAGAAACUGGUCAGGGGAGAACGCUCACCAUUGAGCAUUCUCGAGUGGAGGAGCCAGGCAUGCCAACGGGUGUGCCGCAGCACGUUCGGAGCCGAGACCAUGUCGGCCGUGGAAGCAAUGGAGGCAGGGCAGUACCUACGAGCACUACUAGCAACGCUGGUAAAAGGGCCCCUGGUGCGGCUCGCUCAAGCACGCUACUUUUGCCCCCUUCUCUCGCUGACCGACUGCAAGUCCGUCCAUGAUCAUCUCCACCGAGCUGGGCAACCGAGGAUCCCCGCCGACCGUCGGCUGGGAAUCGACUUGGCUGCACUUCGUCAAGACUUGCAGGCCGAGGUCCCGAACGGAGAGUCCAAGCAGACCGGGAUACCCCUACGAUGGAUACCGACCGAGAUCCAGUUAGCGGAUAUACUCACAAAGCCGAAGAAGGGAGAGCCCUGGUGGAGCAUGAUGGACGAGGGCCGAGCUGCGACCGCUGCCAUCAAGGCACAAGAGUGCAUUUUGCUGCUGAGGGAAAAGGCUGUGCCUUGGCCCUCGUCUUAG